GAUGGCAGCGAGUCGGAACUACCUGUCCCAGCCUCGCCUCACAUACAAGACAGUAUCAGGAGUCAAUGGUCCACUAGUGAUCUUGGAUCAUGUUAAGUUUCCCAGGUAUGCUGAGAUUGUUCACUUGACAUUACCAGAUGGCACGAAGAGAAGUGGGCAAGUUCUAGAAGUUAGUGGUUCCAAAGCAGUGGUUCAGGUAUUUGAAGGGACUUCAGGUAUAGAUGCCAGGAAAACAUCCUGUGAGUUUACUGGGGAUAUUCUCCGAACACCAGUGUCUGAGGAUAUGCUUGGUCGGGUAUUCAAUGGGUCAGGAAAACCGAUCGACAGAGGUCCGGUUGUACUGGCUGAAGACUUCCUUGACAUCAUGGGCCAGCCAAUCAAUCCUCAGUGUCGAAUCUACCCAGAGGAGAUGAUUCAGACCGGCAUCUCGGCCAUAGAUGGCAUGAACAGUAUUGCUAGGGGGCAGAAAAUUCCUAUCUUCUCUGCUGCUGGCUUACCACACAAUGAGAUUGCAGCUCAGAUCUGUCGGCAGGCUGGUUUGGUGAAGAAAUCCAAAGAUGUAGUGGACUACAGUGAGGAAAAUUUUGCAAUUGUAUUUGCUGCUAUGGGUGUAAACAUGGAAACUGCCCGGUUCUUCAAAUCUGACUUUGAAGAAAAUGGCUCCAUGGACAACGUCUGCCUCUUUUUGAACUUGGCUAAUGACCCUACUAUUGAACGAAUUAUCACUCCUCGCUUGGCUCUAACCACAGCUGAAUUUCUGGCCUAUCAGUGUGAGAAACAUGUAUUGGUUAUCCUAACAGACAUGAGCUCUUAUGCUGAAGCACUCCGAGAGGUUUCAGCGGCCAGGGAAGAAGUUCCUGGUCGACGAGGUUUCCCAGGUUACAUGUAUACGGAUUUAGCCACAAUAUAUGAACGUGCUGGUCGAGUGGAAGGUAGAAAUGGCUCGAUUACUCAAAUCCCUAUUCUCACCAUGCCUAAUGAUGAUAUCACUCACCCCAUCCCUGAUUUGACUGGAUAUAUCACAGAGGGGCAGAUCUAUGUGGACAGACAGCUACACAACAGACAGAUUUACCCGCCUAUUAAUGUGCUGCCCUCAUUAUCACGGUUAAUGAAGUCUGCUAUUGGGGAAGGUAUGACCAGAAAGGAUCAUGCUGAUGUGUCUAACCAGCUGUAUGCGUGCUAUGCUAUUGGUAAGGACGUACAAGCCAUGAAAGCCGUGGUGGGAGAGGAAGCCCUUACCUCGGAUGACCUUCUGUACCUGGAGUUCCUGCAGAAGUUUGAGAGGAACUUCAUCGCUCAGGGUCCUUAUGAAAACCGCACUGUCUAUGAGACUUUGGACAUUGGCUGGCAGCUGCUCCGGAUUUUCCCCAAAGAAAUGCUGAAGAGAAUCCCUCAGAGCACCCUGAGCGAGUUCUACCCUCGGGACUCCGCAAAGCACUAGCUGCCGUCUCAUCAUUGGCUCAGUACCCUUGUGUAAUACUGGUUCCGUUUAUUGAUUCCUUUCGCACUUGCCCAUCCCCACUUUUGUGUUGGAGUUUACCGUGUUACCCUGUAAUUAAAAACAAAGAAUAGGUGA